AUGUCUAAAACACUUACAAUUGAAUAAAUUUUCAGCAAUACUAAUUAAGAAAUAGAUAAUGAUUACAUCUUUAACAAUUUUAUUUCUUCAAACUAAUAGGAUCGCAAAGAAUUUGAUUUAUCUAAAAAUCCAUAGCAAUCACUUUGUGGAGCACAUGUUUCUUCUUAAAAUAUAUCAUUUUAAUGUUUUGAUUGUGCUCCUGAUCCUCAUCAUAUGUAUUGUGGAAAUUGUUUUUAAUUGGAAUUACAUUAAAGUAUAUUUUUAUGUAUUAUAGGAUAGAUCAUAGAGCAUUUUUUAAGAAAGAAGCUAGUGGAUGUUGUGAUUGUGGGGAUCCUUCUGCAAUUGCUAAUAAAGAAUCAUUUUGCAAAUUACAUAAAGAGUAAGUAAUAGACAUUGCAAAUGAAAUUUAGAAAGUGAAACCUGAUAUAAGAGAGAAAAUAUUAAAUUUCUUAUAAGAAUCAUUUAAAAUUUAUUUUUCAAAAUGUGAAUAAGCUGCUAGUUUAUUAUCCAAUAUACCUAAUCCCUUUUUAAUACAAUGUUGUCACAUUAGUCACAUAAUAAAUUAUAAGUAGGUUUAUAAAUUAAUAAACAAUAAAUACAAUAUUAAAAAUGCUUAUCAAUCCAUAUUAGCAGCAAAUCAUAUAUAAGAUAUUAUAAUAGAUUUUUUAUCUUGGCUUUGUUAAGAUAGAACUUCAUUUGCUUUAUUAAUAGCAGGUUUUCUAAAAUCUUAAUUUAGUGUUGGUGUAACUUAUUUUGAAUAAAUUAUUCGUUAUUCAGAAUUAAGAAAUGUUUUAGAUUUGGAUAAUGACCAUAAAUUUGAGAAAUUGCUUUAUGUUUUGAAUAUUGAUGAAAAAUUUAGGUUGUUUACAUAAGAAGUAUUUUUGACAUAAUAGAAUGAUUUAUGGAGAAUUUAUGAAAUUUAAUCAUUUGAUGGAGCUGUAAUAGUAGAAGAAUACAUUUAAGCAUUUGAAACUUUCAUUUAAGGUGGUGUAUUUUAUACAAAAGAGAAAAAUUAAUUAUAAUUAUUUGAGAAUUAUUUUAAGAAAAUAAAUACUUGUAAUGAAAAAUAUACAGCUUAUUCAAUUAAAGCUGCUAAAUAUUUUUCAAUGAAUUCUUAAUUUGUUUCAGAAGAGUUUUAGGAUAUUUAAUUCACAUCCCCAACUAUAAAAUAAAUAUUAGAUAUGAAUACAAAAUUAUUAAAUAUAUUAAAUACUUGUCAUUUGGGAAACAUUAAUUCAUAUUAUUUAAUGCUAGAUUUCUUUUCACUAAAAUUUUAAUAUAACUAUUUUAUUAAGAGUUUUAACAACACUUUAUCCAUAUUAUUUAAAAAUUAUUAAACCUAGUAAUUGUCUAUUGAAGAGAUUGCUUCACUAAAUCCUGAUUCAUUCUUUUUAACAGCUCUUUUAAAGAGUUAUAGUUUUAUCAAAGGGUUCUCUAGUAGAGAUACACUUUAUUAACCACUUAUAUCAGAGACAUAAAUAUAACUUAAUCUUUUAUAUAUAGAAUCAAGAUAAAUUUAUAACAUAAAAUAAUGUUUGACAAAAUAUUUAGCAUCUCCUUAAAUUACAAUGAUGGCUAAAUCUAAUUUAAUUAAUAUUCUAUUUUAUUGGUCUUAUGAAUUUAUAAGAACAAACAAAAAUAAUAAAGAAUAAUAUAAUUAUUUAUCUGAAUUUUAUCAUAAUAAUAAUAUUCAUAAUGAUAUACAAAAAGACCAAAUGAAAACUAUUAUUAGAUUAAAUUAUUGUAUAUAUAGAAGUGGAUCAUUAAUUGAUAAAUUUUUUAUCAUUCUUUUAACUUAUUUAUACUAAUAAAAUGUAUUUUAAUCAUCAAAUUAAUUUAAAAUGUUUUUAUUAACAACUUUAAAAUAAAAUGAGUAAGAUUUACAAUUCAAUUUAUUUAACAUCUUUUAAAGAUGUGUACACAAUUUUAUAAGUCUUCUCUAUACACCUUUGAAUGAUUAAGUCUCUAAUAGUUACUUUGCCAUAAGUAAAGAAUAGUUGGAAUCCUAUGAUAUGGCUUUUAUCAAAUUUUAUUUCAUUCUUUAUAAGGAUGAAGCUUUAAAUUAGAUGAUAGGUAUUAUCUAAUCUAGAAAAUACUUUAGUGAUCUCAGUUAAAAUUAAUACUUUAUGUAAUAUUGAUUUUCUAUAAUUAGAUAAAUUAUUGCUAGAAUUAUUGUUUCUGAUAAGAGUUUUUCUUGUGUUUGUUAAGCAUUGUAUAGUUAAACUAAUCUACCUGUAAGCUUGUCUUUUACUUUAUAUUAAAUACUUUCAAAUUUAUUUAUUCUCAAUCAUUAUUAAGAGUUUUCAGAAAUUAAAUCAACUUUCGAAUAAGCUUCUUUUUCUACUUUUAAUUUAGAAUAAUUCAUAUUAAAUUUUUGUGAACUGGAUGAAAAUAUUAAUAAGUUAAAGUUAAAGUCUCAUUAAUAGAUUUUAGAAUAUUUUCAAAUAUAAUCAUAAAAUUAAAUAGAUCGUACAAAUAAUCAUACUUAUUUUAAUCCCUUAUUAUUUUUAAAUAAUUAAUCAAUAGCUUAAUAAAUUGGAGAACAUUUAAGUUCAUAAAAACGAGAAGAAUAUUUUAUUAAAUUUGGAAAUUCUAUUGAAUAGCUUAUAUAAUUUGAUUAAUUAAAAGGAGUGAAUUUGGAAUUAAUGGAGUUUUUUGCAUAAGAUAAGAAUGUUGACUUAAUAAUUUAAUAAAUUUAACCAUAAGCUAAUUCAUCAACUGAAAUCAUAUUAAUUGAAAGAUUAUUAAACAUAAAUGCAUAUUUAAAAAAAGAUAAUAAAUAAAUUUGUGAAUCUUUAAAAUAAUUAUAAAUGAACAAAUAAUAAGAUUAAUAAAGUUUAUAAUUUAUUUUAAAUAAAUUUGGAAAUUCAAAUUAAAUUUUGGAAGAAUAAGUAGAAGGAUUAUAAGUUAAAUCUUUAUAAAAUGUUAAAAUGAAUAAAAUGAAAGCUAAAUUUUAAUAAAAAAUUUAAUAAUUUUAAUAAAAUGAUAUUGUUUAAUUAGAUGAUUAAACAAAUUAAAAUGAAAAAUAUGAUACUUGUGCAUUAUGUAGAUAAGAUUUAGAUGAAAAUUAAUAUUGUUGUAUUCCAAUUUUAAUUUAAGCAAAUCCUUAUUUAAAACAUUUUCCCAUUUAUCCACCUGAUAUUAGAAAUGAAAUAAUGAAAGAUUAAUUAAAUUUAUUGAAAAUUUCAAUAAUUAGCUGUAAACAUAAAUUUCAUGAUAAAUGUUUAAUUGCUACUUAUUCAUGUUCAUAAAAAUAGAGACUUCUACCUUUAUGGUUUUAAUUAUAAUGUCCAGUUUGUAAAUCAACAAGUGAAACUAGAUUAUCAAUAAAUAAAAAUAAAAGUAUUGAAUAAUAUGAUGAAUUUAAUAAUUGGUUAUUAUUGUAAUGUUAAAACUUUGGGAUUAAAAACUAUCUAAAAGAAAAAUAUGGAGAAUCUGUUGAACUUAAAUUAAAAGAAAUUUAUCUAUCCUUAUUAUGUGAUUUAUUAAUGUAAUUAUUUAUGGAUUCUUAAGAAUUUAUCAGACAAGAUAAACAUAUUGUAUUUAUUAAUAUAUUAGAUUAUUUAUUCUAAAUAAGUAAAAAUAUCACAAUUAAUCAUUUUGUAUUUUAAAAUUAAUAAUCAAUAUUCCUAAAUCUAAUAAACCUAAUAAUAGAGUUAAUAAUAUAAAAUAACCAUUAAUAAAAAUCUCUAAAUGAUUUUCUUUAGGAUAAUUAGGAUUAAAUAAAAUCUAAAAUCUUUUUAUUUGAUUUACCAUUAUAAAUAAUAAAUCAAUUAAUUAAAUGUUUUGCAUUAAAUACUGAAUAACAAUAAAAUUAAAUCGUAUAAGUUAACUAGUAUAUACAAUAAUUUAAUAGAAUUGCUAUGAUAGAUUUUGUAAAAAAUAAAAUUACUGAAAAUUUAGGAUUUAAGUUUAAAUCAUUUUAUGAUAAUUAUUUUAAUAAACCUUGCUGCUUUUGUAAAGGUUUUUCGAAUGCAUCAAAAAGUUCUGAUUAAUUUAUAUGUUUACUAUGUUGUGAAAAAGUUUGUGAUGUAGAAUGCAAAGUAAUAUUUUAUUAUAAUUUAAGAAAUUGUUUUCAAAGUCUGGAAAUAUGAAUGUUCAUGCUUAAAUAAACCAUUAAGGAAAUACUAUAUUUGUGAGUCUUAAGACAGGUCAAAUUGCAUUGUUAUCUACACCACUAACUUGUUUUGGAUACAAAAAUUUAUAUCAAAAUAAAUUUGGAUAAUUAAUAAAAAUCACCAAUAUAGACACAUAAUGGGAGGAAUAUUAUAUUAAUAAUAAAGUCUUAACUGAUGUAGCUGAAAUCAUUAUAUCAAAUUCACUUAAGUAAAUAAUUAAAAAUUAAGAGUUAAAUUAUAAUCAAUUAGACAUAAGGGGAUUCUUUUGA